CGACUCAGCUUUGAAGAUCCUUUGAAAACCCUGUUCAUCAAAGUUGAAAACUCGCUUUCAAAGCUAGAAUUUAUUUCUUUUGCUUCUUCUUUUACACAACUACUACUUCAAUUCUGUAAAUUCUAUAUCUCAAAUCUUCUAUUUUCAUGGUAGAUGAUCUUUGAUCGGCAAUAACCCCAAAUCUGGAAGAAAGGAAUUAGGGAGGGCCCUCCAUUGAACCAUGACGUUUCUUUGUUUAAUCAUAAAUUUUAAUUUGGGUUGGGAACUUGGGAUUCCAAAUUACAACACGGAUCCUCAUCCAUUCUCUUCUAAAGUCAAUUAAUUUUUCUGGUUUUUUUUUUUUUUUUUUUUACCUCACUUUCGACAUUAUUGGACUAAAGCUUCUUAGACGUACCCCGUCUUUUCAACCCAUUUGUUUAUUUGGGUUUAAUAGUAUCUUAUUUCAAUUCUUCACUCAAGCUUUUAUCUUAUUCUUCCUUCUUCCUUCUUAUUAUAACCUUCCUAAUCUCUAAUAAUUCACGCUAUGCUGCUUUGAUUUUAUCUCUGCAACCAGAAUUAGGAGGAAGAGUGCAUGAACCCUUUUUUUUUUUGGUUCAAUUUGCCGUUUAUUUUUUAAAAUUUAUAGGGGUUGAUUGAGUUUCUUGCCUGAAAUUUUUGGGUUUUGGGGAGUGAUCAUUUCCUGCGUGUUUCACUUCUCUGUUUCUCCUUGAAUUUCUUUACCUGAGAUUUCGAUUUUUGGGAGCAGUAAGGAGUUAGUGUGUUAAGCUUUUCCUUCGAUGGCGGAAUUGGUUGGGCCUCGGUUGUACAGUUGCUGUAAUUGCCGAAACCAUGUUUCCCUUCACGACGACAUCAUUUCAAAAGCUUUUCAGGGGAGAAAUGGCAGAGCCUUUCUGUUCUCCCAUGCGAUGAACGUAGUUGUGGGUCCAAAAGAAGACAGGCAUCUCCUGACUGGCCUCCACACUGUUGCUGAUGUCUAUUGCUCUGAAUGCCGUGAGGUGUUGGGUUGGAAAUAUGAGCGAGCUUAUGAAGUAACACAGAAGUACAAGGAAGGGAAGUUCAUACUUGAGAAAUCAAAGAUUGUCAAGGAGAACUGGUAACCUCUUGUGGUACCUAGUUUCAUCUAUCACAGUGUUGUUGUAAGUUUGUUAAAUUUCAAUUCUUCCAAUUUUCAUUUCAGCUUGUACAGAAUCUUCACCAAUUGAAAUGUGCAUUCUUGUUUUUAUGUUUACUCUGGAAGUUGUGUAUUGAAGACUUGAUUAAUUAAUCUGUAAAUAAACCUUGACUGCCACUUCCGAAGGUAACGAAAGUUCUAAGCA